CAACAUGCGUCAGCUUUUUCAGCCCUCGGAAGAGAAACGAGAAUAAAGGAAACUGUCAUUCUAUUUUUGAUAAACUCCCAGAAUCAUCUCAUUUCCCAUCUUAUGAAGACAGGUCUCGUUAAACAUGAAGUGGAAGAUGCUGCUGUUGGCCGUAUAUCUGUUUAAAGAGACCUGCGCUUCUGAGGAGGCACAGGUAGACUGCGGGGAGUUUUUUUCCUGCUCUGAGAGGAUGUAUCAGCGUUCUGGAGUUUCUUCUGGAGUUCCUGCUGUCUUUGUCCAGGAGGGGGAAAUAGCGGCUCUUAGAUGUCCCCUAAACUCCCCUGCCUUAGUCUGGAGAAAGAAUUCCUCCCUGGGGCUCCAGGAGCUGAUAGAAGAGGUUGGGAGACCACAGGUCAAACAGAAAGAUUGGCUGUUUAUGAUGAAAGUAUUAAAGAAUGACAGCGGAAUGUACACCUGCAUGGAGAAAAAUGGAGUUAAACAUGCCUCGAUUAAUUUGACAGUGUACAGUGAAUGUUACAUGAAUGACAAUCUCUAUGAUAAAUAUUCUCAUGAGAAGAAAUCGUAUGUCAUUGAAAACAAUUUUCUCAAUGGCCCAUCUUCUCUCUGUCAGUUGACCACCUCUUGGUUCAAGGUUUCUGAAAAUUGCAAUGAAAUAUAUCUUUUGUCUAAUAAUAUAAUUCACUUUGAAAUGGUUUCUAAACGUGAUGAAGGGGUCUACAGAUCUAAACACAUCUGCAAAUACAAGGGGCUGUCGUACUACACUUCUGAAACAAGCUACUUAUCAGUACAAGGAUUUCGGGAUCCUCUUCAGCCCAAAAUUAUAAAACCACAAUCCAAUGAAAUCAUCAGUGUGGAUCUGGGUCAGAAGGUCGAGAUAAUGUGUUUAGCGGUUCUGGACCAUAAUUCUGAAACAGAUUUUGUGGAGCUUCAUUGGAUUAAUGGAUCUUCAAAUAUUCCUAAGGAUGCGAACACGACUGUUUACUACAACAGCACUAUCCAGAAGCAAAGGGACCAAGAGAGCGAUCACAUGAUCGCAUGGCUGAUAGUGAAAAAUGUCUCAAAAGACCAUUUUGACGCUGCAUUUACCUGCAAACUGGAAUCAGCAUUUCUGGAACUGAUUAACGUUUCCAUUACACUCAAACAGAAAGUCGCAUCUAAGUCUGUCCUAACUGUUAGCUUAGCAAUCGUGGCUGUCUCCGCCUUCAUGGCUGUGGUAGUUAUCAUUGUGUACUACAAGCUAAGAAUCGACAUUGUGCUGUUCUUCCGUGACAUUCAGCGUAAUCAAUACCGUCCGACAGAUGGCAAGCAAUAUGAUGCCUACAUCUCAUACUAUCAGACCUGCAGUGAGGAAGCGUUGACUAAGGAUGAGAGGGAAUUGCUGCUGAACGUUCUGGAGUCCGAGUAUGGUUACCAGCUCUGUGUCUAUGACCGUGACAUGCUUCCUGGAGAAGCGGCAGUGGAGGCAGUGCUGGAGCAUGUGAAACAGAGUCGCCGGCUGCUGCUGAUUCCCAGGGCUGAAAGGCCACAGGCAGAGGACCAGUAUGGCCUGCUGGGGGGGCUGCAUGCAGCACUGGUAGACCGUCAUACACGCCUCAUUCUGAUCCGGACGACACCACGUGCUGACUUGGACUCCCUUCCUGAGUCUCUGCGUCUGCUGGCACGCUCUGGAGGGGCUGUAACCUGGAAGGGGAACCGCUCAGCUCCCCUGAGCUCAGAAUUCUGGAAGCACAUGCUUUACCACAUGCCUGCCAGAAGGAGGCAGCAGAAUGAACUGGUGCUGUUGUGAUUAUGGAAAGCCAGACCACCCAGAUACUUCGCCUGGCCUUUGAUAGAUUUAGAGUAGUAAUGGCCAAAUGAAGUUUCGUGAACCAUUUCCUGUAUUUUCUGAUUCCACUACAUAGUGGUCUCUGCUAAUAAAAGGGCUCAGAGCAUUUCCCAAAGCAGAGCAAGAGCACCAUCUACUGGAGUCAGAAAAUACAGCAAACGGUUCAUGAGGCUUCAUUUGGCUAAUUUAGGGCUCUGCAGUUGUGUACCCAACAAGCCCUUUCCAGUGCCUUAUUAUUGCCCUUACUUAAGAGGUGCUCGAAUUGUAAAAGACCACGGAGCCCUUACAGUUUCAGCUGCCACAGGAGGUUGACGCCCAUUCUCAUCAAUGUAACUGGCCUUAUAUCCUGCUUGCUACCCUACAGUGAUUCACUACAUGUACCGCUCCUUAACUCGUGAUAAACCGAAUUAGAUUGAAAACCGGCUGUGAGUAUGAGAAAUAGGAGAAGGAAGUAAAACUGCUGGUUGUCAUGCGGGCGUUGUACAUUUUCAGAUUGUGGUAUAUUGUGUAAAAUGGUCGCUUGAGGUGCCGAUAUUUUCUGAGUUAGUGGGUCAGUUGGAAAGCAGCGAGAGAAUGCUAUGUGUGGAGGUGAAAACAGGGGCCGUUAAAAAAAAAGUUCUCUCACAGCAGCUUAGCUGUUUUUUUCACAGACUUCACACAGGAUAUAGGCGAGAUACGCUUACAGUUGUGCAAUUACAUUCAGCUGCAAUGAAAUGCCUACAAUUUAGCAUAAAGGAUGCAGGGAGUUCAUAUCUACCCUAAGGUUUGAAAUGUAUGUAUUAUAUGUAAGGGUUACUGCAGAACAAGCUGUGAGUUAUACAUUUUUAAACCUAAGGCUGAAGAAGCAAAGAAUCAACAGAUUAAGAAUUAAAGAAUUAGAAUUAGAAUUAUAGAUUAUAAAUUAAGGAUUAUUUUAGAAUUAAAGAUUAAUAUGCCUCAUUGAUUUUCUGUGGUGAUUUGCUGGGCUGGAAAUCAAGAAUUUGACAGUGCCAUGGUUAAAACAGCUUUCUUUGAGUUUUCUAUCUUUCAUGUGUCUGUCUAUCGCGAAUGUGUCAUAGAAAUGUGAAACUAGAAGUGGUUUUGACUUGGUGGAAAAACAGGGGUGGUGGGUGGAACAACAUGAAACCAGUACAGACCUAAUCUAAUCUAGAAGGAGAUUACUUAUUCACUUAUUCUAAUUCCUUUUCCUCGUACCCUGGCCAGUACCUGAAGAGGGCUGGUAUUGACUGGUACAUUGUACUGGUACUGUUUUUUUUUUUUUUUCUUCUCUUGAGUACUGGGCAUGUUUCUUGAGUAUUGGCACUUCCCAUAAUGCACCAGUACUGUAUAACAAGAGGAGUACUGGUCCCUGUUUUUUCUCACUUCAACCACUGCCCACGCCGUGUAGAAAAACACAGAACACACUGAUGGAAAAUGUCUCGUGGGUUUAUUCGAAAAAGUGUCUGACUUUAAAUAAUUUCUGGGAUGUCUUGUUCACAGGGAAAGUACGUCAAAUGGGUAUUUUACGCUGUAGGUGAUCGUGUGACGUGGCUGCGUCAGUGUGUUGAACAUAGAUGAUAUACUUAUGAGAUAUUAAACAGAGUUCCAGCUCAUUUUGAGUCUGCAGCAGGGCUGGAGUAGCUGUCUGGCAUACCAGGGAUUUUCCCGGUGGGCCAAUGAGUCCAGGUUCGAUUUCUAUUCUGACUCCAGCCUAUAGAGUCCUGUACAGCCUGAAAUUAAAGCCUGAACCCAGACCCGAGACUGAAGACAACCUGGCCUGGACAGCACUGGCGAAUCUAAAACCCGAACCCAGAAUAUUUGUAUAUGGAAACUUUUGCAAACUUUUGCUAUAUUUCUUCCAUUGCUAGUGGGAUGUUUGCUGGGUAGCCGGUAGACGAGGUAGAAAAGGGGGCAGGUAGUGGGGCUUGGAAAGUGCAAACGAGCAAAAACCCUGCAAGUGCAAGAAGCGAUUUGCACAUUUUAAAGAAACACCAAAUCCAAUCCCAACCAGAGGAAACUGGCCCGUACUUGGGCCCGAAACUCAAUACGUGUCGGGGCCAGCAGGACUUCGGUCGGGUCACAGACCUGUAAUCCAGCCCCAAUCCACAGCCACUCCACCAUGUCUCUCCUUGACGCAUUAAUCUUAACCACGAUCUCAAGGUGGUUGAUCUGUGCAUUUAUUUUUCUACAGUUUCACUUUCCAUACAGUGGUUUAAAUUAUUUUAUAUACAUCGUACUUCUUGUAAUUCAGAAAGUACUAUGAGAUAUUUCACUAGGCCACAAAAUGGACACCUUUACACAAUGUAACUUGUACUGUAAAGCUGUGUAUGACAGUAAUGUAUAUCACUGGAGGAAACUUUGAAUGCUUGACUUUCAGUAUUAAACAUAUUUGUUUUCAGGUGCAAUUGUAUAACUCUGCCAUGUGAUUCUCCUCCAGUUUAAUUCUCCUUAUAUUAAAUUAAAUUUUAAAUUCUG